AUGGCUUUAGAUGUGCUUGACGCCCUUGACUCUGCCCGUACACAAUGGUACCAUAUCACCACCAUUGUCAUUGCCGGGAUGGGUUUUUUCACAGAUGCAUAUGACCUUUUUUGCAUCUCGACGGUGUCAAAACUCUUGGGCCGCCUUUACUACUAUGACCCUAGCACGGGAAAGCCUGGAAAGCUCCCCCAUACUGUGAACAACGCCGUGGUUGGUGUUGCCCUUGUUGGUACCCUAACAGGCCAACUAGUCUUCGGCUGGCUUGGUGACAAGCUUGGCCGUAAGAAGGUUUACGGUGUCACUCUAAUUAUCAUGGUGUUUUGCGCCAUAUGCUCCGGCUUGUCUUUUGGUUCAAGUACACAAUCCGUUAUCGGAACGCUUUGCUUCUUCAGGUUCUGGCUAGGGUUUGGUAUUGGAGGAGACUAUCCUCUCUCGGCCACGAUCAUGUCUGAAUACGCCAACAAAAAAACUCGUGGGACGUUCAUUGCAGCCGUGUUUGCAAUGCAAGGUGUGGGGAUUGUAUUCGCAGGCCUAGUCUCCUUGAUACUCUCAAAGAUCUUCCUCGACUCAUGCGAAAAAGUUGGCACAUUCCAAGAAGAACACCUGUUUUCCACACAACCACAGGGAGAUUAUCUAUGGCGGAUUGUGCUUAUGAUAGGAGCCGUUCCGGCACUCUUAACUUACUACUGGCGAAUGAAAAUGCCCGAAACAGGUAGGUACACGGCCAUAAUUGAAGGGAACGCACAACAAGCUGCUGCCGAUAUGGGACGGGUACUUGAUCUUGAAAUUCAAGCCCAACAUGACAAGCUGUCCCAGUUCAAGGCUGCAAACAGCUAUCCAUUGCUUUCUAAGGAGUUCCUUCGGCGGCACGGGGUUCAUCUAAUUGGCACAACGACGACAUGGUUCUUGUUGGACAUAGCCUUUUAUAGCCAAAACUUGACCCAAAAGGAUAUUUUCCCAGCAAUGGGUUUAAUAAAAAAGGACGUGGAAAUGAAUGCUCUCCGAGAAGUCUUCGAGACGUCACGUGCCAUGUUUGUCAUUGCACUGCUUGGUACCUUCCCUGGUUACUGGUUCACCGUGUUCUUCAUUGAAAAGAUGGGACGGUUCAUGAUCCAACUCAUUGGGUUUUUCAUGAUGUCCGCCUUCAUGCUUAUCAUAGGGGUCAAAUACGACUACCUCAAACUCCAUGGCAGCUUGUUCGCGGUUUUGUAUGGUUUAACAUUUUUCUUUGCAAAUUUUGGGCCUAAUAGCACCACCUUUGUGCUUCCAGCUGAAUUGUUCCCAACUAGGGUGAGGUCGACAUGCCAUGCUCUAAGCGCGGCUGCCGGGAAGGCUGGGGCAAUAGUCGGGGCAUUUGGGGUGCAGAACUAUACUUUGGAUGGUAAUCAAGACAAAAUUAGGAAAGCAAUGAUUUUUAUGGCAUUUACCAACAUUUUAGGCUUUUUCUUCACAUUCUGUGUGGUCGAGACCAAAGGACGGUCUUUGGAGGAAAUAUCGGGUGAGGAUGGUGGCGGCAACAACACACAGGGUUCAACUGGAGUCGUGGGGAUGACUCAAAUUACUACCGGAACUCAUAGGGAGUACUCCAUGUGA